AGUGUAUUGUUCCUAGCAGUUAGCAGAAUGUUCUUGGCGCUCUUUCAGUGCCGUUAAAGCGUUCAACUUCGUAACGGCAUUAUGAUUAUUUUUAGAAAAGUAGUAACAGUGUUGUGUGUCGGUUUGGUGUUUACUUGGAAUAUUCAUCAUACUGAUGGGAUUCUAAGUAAUUACGUUAAUCCAUACUUUCAUUUUCCGUACGGAGCACCUUAUAUGGGGAUUCUUACAGCAUUUGCAGUACCACUGAAAGUCCAAACACCAGGCGACAUUUUCUUGUCUGUCAACUUUGAAGCUGCUUACAGCUUGCCAACAAAUCAAACGGAAUUUACAUUUCCACCUGUUAUUGCCGCAUCAGCUCGACAGCUUCUUUACGAGAUAUUUGAAAGGAAACUAGAAAGCCAUGGCUAUCCAGGGCGACCUUGCCUACUCAGAGCAAUAUGUGAGGGAGCAGAGUUAUCAACAGCUGGAACAGGAGUUCUAGGCGAUAUUGUUCAUUUAAUAUUGACGCCAUCUUCAACAUUGAACGCAAACUUGACAGCGACAUACCAGGAGGCCGAGGGACAAGCGACGAAAAAAGGAAAAUGCAAAAAGUUUCGCAAAGUGUGCAAUUUCAGCAUUUUAAAACUGUUUACUUGGGUCGGUGAUGUACUUAACAAAUAUGGCUUUUCAAUUAAGGAUAUAUUAAAAUUGAAAUGAAAACAAAUUAUUUAAUGUGGAAGGAAAAAGCAGAAACAUGGCAUUUUUUUUGCAAAAUAAUUAUUGAUCAUUAAAAAAAUGUCCUGCUUCGUGACUAUGUUGAUUUUUUCAAAAAUAUUAUCUGAGUAGGAGCAAAAAAUGCACUAUGUUCAAAAGCACUUAUUACUAAUUGCAUCCAAUUGACCCAACCAAUUUAAAAUUAAACCAGAUGCCAGUUUUAUUGGACUCUAGUUUAUAAAUGUUUUAAUGAACAAAAUAAAAAAGUUAUGUCCAUAGAUUUCAUAAAUAAAUA